AUAUAUACAAAGACAAAGAUAGAGAGAGUGAAAGGUUCACAAACAAAAAAAAACAGAGUUCAAAUACGUUCAAGAUGAUAUAAGAGAUUUUGUAAUCAAUUCACCCAUUUUUAUUGUUCAUAUUCUUCUCUAUCACUAAAAUGGCUGUCCAAGCUCACCAACACCAUUCCUCUAAUCUCAUCCUCCAUAACAAAAGAAACGGGAAAGACAAGGAACAAGAUUUAUCGUUGCAAUCACAGACUGUUUUUGAGCAAACCAAUAUGUUAUUCAACUAUGGAGGUUGUAACCAGAGGAAAAGAGGAAGAGAAACGAAGGAUCAUCAUCAUCAAGUGUUGUUGUUACCUCAGCAGUCUCAUCAUCAAGUGUUGUUGUUACCUCAGCAGUCUCAUCAUCAGCUCCCACAAGUUAUAGACUUGUCUUUAUUACAACACAACUACAAUCAUACGACGGCGUCUUCAAAUAUGGUUCAUACAGGACUACGUUUAUCUUCCGGCGACGAUCAUACACAGAAGAUUCGUCCGAAUCUGUUCUCCGGUUCCUUUGAAGGUGUUUUGUCUGCACAUUACAAUUGGCAAAGCGAGGAACUUGAUGAAUUGCUUCGUUCCCAGGCGGAGGAGCUACGGCGCACAUUAGUGGAGAGGAGGAAGAAACACUAUAAAGCGCUUAUCGGUGCUGUGGAGGAGCCGUUGGUACGUAAGCUGAAAGAGAAAGAGGCAGAGAUAGAGAGAGCCACGCGCCGUCACAAUGAGCUCGUGGCGCGUGAAUCUCAGCUUAGAGCGGAGGCGGAAGCUUGGCAAGGGAGAGCGAAGGCGCAGGAAGCCGCCGCCGCGUCGCUGCAGGCUCAGCUUCACCAAGCCGUUAACAAAUGCGGUGGUGUGUCGGCGGAGGAAGGGCUAGUAUUAGGAGCUGAAAUCAGCGGAGUAGACGACGCUGAGUCGGCGUACGUUGAUCCGGAGAGGAUGAAACGGCCGACCUGCAAAGCUUGCCGGAAAAUGGAAGCGACGGUGGUGAUGUUGCCGUGUCGGCAUAUGAGCAUCUGCCCGGGAUGUGACCGGACAGCUUUAGCCUGCCCGUUGUGUCUCACGUUGCGGAGUUCGAGUGUUGAAGCGAUCCUUUGCUAAAUGGGCCUAUUUCAGGCCCACCAUUUUGUUAUCGUACAUACAACUUUUUUUUUUAGGAAAAAAUGAAUGCAAAAUUCUUUCUUAUGAAUUGGAGAAACAUGUAGAACAUACAAAAUUGUUUCUUGAAGGUAUCGAACCCACAUGGGAGUUCUUGGUGCCCGAA